UCUUCUGUGAUUGUUGAUACUGAAUCUGAUCAUCCUAGUUGCAGUGUGAACCUGACCGCUCAUGUUCUGCCUUUGAUGGUAGCUGGCAGUAACUGCUUCUCUCUACUCUUCUCACUCAGCAAGUCCCAUGGGGGGUGAAAACCGAACAGAGCUGAUACAAUUACACUUCCAAUCCUUCUCGUUCCUCCCCGAGAUGCAGCUGCUGAUUUUCCUGGCCUUUCUGCUUGUGUACCUGCUCAGCCUCUGUGGGAAUGCCACUGUUGCACUCACUGUCCACAGUGACCGCUCCCUCCACACCCCCAUGUACUUCUUCCUGGCCAAUCUGGCAGUGCUGGAGAUCUUCUAUUCUUCUGUCAUUGCCCCCUUCGCCCUGGUCAACCUCCUGUCUGGGAGGAAGGCCACCAUCUCCCUCGCUGGCUGUGGCACCCAGAUGUUCUUCUUUGUCUUUCUCGGCAGUGCUGACUGCAUCCUGCUGGCCGUCAUGGCGUGUGACCGAUAUGUGGCGAUCUGCCAUCCACUGCACUACACCCUCAUUAUUAACUGGACGGUCUGUGCUUGCUUGGUGUCAGGGUCACUGGUUCUGGGAUUCCUGUUAGCCUUGCAGUUGACCAUCCUGCUAUUUCAUCUACCAUUCUGUGGCACCAAUGAAAUCAAUCACUUCUAUUGUGACGUGCUGCCCGUCCUGCGGUUGGCAUGUGCAGAUACACAGAUACACCAGGCCACCGUCUUUGUUGUUAGUGUGAUAGUCCUGACUAUCCCCUUCCUGAUAAUCUGCAUCUCCUAUGUCUUCAUUGUGGCCGCCAUCCUGAAGAUCCGCUCUGCAGCUGGUCAGCACCGUGCCAUCUCCACCUGCUCUUCCCACCUGAUAGUCGUCCUCCUGCAGUACGGCUGCUGCAGCUUCAUAUACCUACGCCCCAGCUCCAGCUACUCCCCAGAGCAACGCCAGGCAGUGUCUGUGAUCUAUAUUUUUGUCACCCCCUUACUGAACCCCCUUAUCUACAGCAUGAGGAACAAGGACCUAAAGGAUGCUCUGGGGAGAGCGCUGGGAAGGGCAAUGCAGUUCCAGAGAAAGUGA